AUGUGGAGAACGGGACGGGAUUUCGGGUCACAUAAGUUCCAAUUAAAGGACGUAAACGGUUAUGUUUACGAGUGUGAGUCAGACCGUGACUGGCCGAAUGGUACUGUGACACGGCACAGUACGUGGUAUGAUUAUGAGUAUUUCAAAAAGACAUUUACAGAAGGUACAUUCGAUUGCUUAAUUGCAGGUAGAAGUUUAAUUUCUGCAGCAGAAGUCCAAGCUUGUUUGUCACAGAUUGCAUGUGUCAAGAAUGUGAUAGAUAAAAGAUAUGAUAAGAAGGAUUCGGUGUUAAAAGAGAUAUCAAUUCACUUGUUUUCAAUAGAGAUGAGAUUGGCUUUCUUUCAUAAUAUGAAAUUUACUACAAGAACCGGGAAAGAAUUUGAUCUUAAAUUUGAGGGGACAUCACGAUAUGAUGAGAGUAGGGAUACUUACAGAGCAUUGUUUGCGGAGAAUAUGAUUUUUAGUAGUCAUAUAAGAACGGAGUUGUUGAAAAAUAUACCGAAGAAAAAAGCAAGAAUGAUAUCAGAAAGGAAGUUGGGAAAAGACGAUCUGAUUCAAACAGUCGAAAUAUAUCCAGGAAGUUUGCUUCAUAACAAUAUGAUGGCUGGGCCGUUAACAGGUCGGAUGGUUUUCGAUCCUACCUUAGUUCCAGCUGGAGGUAAUUCGUUACCCGACAAUGGUAGAACCGGACCCAGUGCGAGAUGGGAUUAUCUAGUGGGGUUUCUGCUACCUUCCGGGAGUCAGCUCAAAUAUCGUUUUGGUAUCAUGUAUUAUCAUAAUCGAAUGGAGAUAUAUGGUCAACUACUAACGUACGAUAUUAAGCCUUACAAAAUAACUGAAAGAACUACAGCCAAUUACCUGAAAUCGCCGAUAAAAUUCGUAGUAUACCAUUGGCAUUUGAUAAGUAGCCCUUCGGUCGCUAUUCCGUACAAUUCAUUUCUGGAUAUUCGACAACGCGAAUUCCUGGACCAAGCUCAUGUUAAUGAGAUGGCUGACCGUCUGACGGAGCCUUUGUUAUUCAGCUUCCAUUGUCACUCCGCUUUCCAAGUAUUCCGAUACGGCAAUCACGAGGAUAAGGAGCGAGAGAAAGAUGAGGAAUUUUCAGUUCACAUCGAUUCCAAUUUGUUCUUGCCUACGUUCGUACAUCACGAUUAUGCUACCAGAAGUGGUCCACAUCGUACUAAGAAAGUCGACGGAUCAUGGCCUAUUGAAAGAGCGCUAGCUAACACUAUGCUCAAGUCAACUGGAAUGACAUUUCUAAUACGUUUGUUACCUACUGCGGGUACUAGAUUCGAUGUGACAAGAUGGUCAAUGGAUAAGAUCGGUGAUAUCCUAUCGCACCUCUCAUACUACAGGAUCUGGAAACCACGACGAGCCGGGAUACGGUCAGCUGACGAUGCGCGUGGUGCAGCCAAAGUUAUUCGGCUGGUUCUACCUGUCGAAAAUACUGAACUAAAAACUCAAGAAUAUUUUACAUUACUUUGGAAGCGUAGAGUCAAUUACCUCUGCUAUGGCGCUAUGGUACAACUUGUUCAAAAUGGAUGGUAUCCUAAGAGGUAUAUUGCCGAUUAUAUGGACCGGCAAAGGACUACCAAAAAAUCAUCGCGCGCGUUAGCAGCGGAUCUUAUGUCAGGAAAAUACCAAGAUCCAAUAAUGUAUUCAGCCCUUAUCACUCUAUGUCAGUGUGCCAAACGGAAAGGACGACUUACGAACAUUCGAAAAACAUAUGAUGACGCUCUUUCCCAGGCUUUUCAUUUCCAGCACCCGUUACCAGUAACUACUGCAGACACGGUCACCUUGUAUCAUGCAUAUAUCAUGCCUUCCAGGACAUGUAUUAUGGGUCCUUACACUGAGUCGUCGAAUCGUGUGUUACGAAAGUAUAUUGAUUCGCUUCAUCAAUUUAUGAGAGCGACAUUCGUUGACACCGAGGGGCAGCGGAGUCAUUACAACCGAUUUGAUGAGCGUCUGUUGAGCCAUAAGCUGAAUAUGACAUUCCAAACCGGUUUCCCAUUUGGUUGCCAUACCUUCGAAUAUCUCGCUUAUGGUAACAGUCAGUUAAAAGAAUGCUCGUUCUGGGCUUUUUCAGAGGAUGCCACCACCAAAUUGGACGGCGGCUUAAAGAAAGAUGAAGAAGUGUUACGGGAAUUGGGUACUGUAAAAGACAAGUUUAUCGGCAAAAGAGCGGCUAGGCUAGGUCAAUGUUUCACAGCGUCUAAACAAGGUCUGGUUGUGAAAGAAGAUAAGAGGAUGAUUGAACCGGACGUAUGCACACCAGUUAGAUUAAAUUCGGCUAGUACAUUUUGCUUUACCGAUGGUAUUGGAAGAAUGGGUCGUAAUGUCGCCUCGGAAAUUACACGCGAAUUAGGACUUAAAUUACAGACGUCUGCUGUACAAAUUCGGUAUAAGGGUCACAAAGGAAUGCUUGUAUUUGAUCCGUAUAUGAAGAAUCCGGAUUAUAUUGCAUUCCGGGAGAGUCAGAAAAAAUUUGAGAGCGCUGCUGUCUCUUUAGAAAUAUGUGAGUGGAGUCGUCCUAUUAGUUUACAGUUGAAUAAGGACCUUAUAUUAUUGCUGAGUACUUGGAAUGUACCGGAUUCCGCUUUCCUGAAUUUGCUUAAGGAGGAGCAGGAUUCCCUUGUAGGUUUAUUUCAGAGUAGACGGAAUGCUUUAUCCUUUUUGUUUACUCCGAGGUUGCAGUCAGCUACGGCAAUAAGCAACCUUUUAAUGUGGUUGAUAAGGACUGGUUUUGAUCCGUUGACAAGUCCUUUUAUGACGUCCUGCCUUCGUCACUUGAGGAGGUGGAUAUGGCGCGAUGAUUUGCACGAGUUUAGACUUGCUUGUCCUAAAGGAGCACAGGCAUUUGGUGUUAAUGAUAAUACUGGAAUAUUAAAGUACGACAAUGGUAUUGGUAUGCCCCAGGUGUUCCUUCAAAUAAGUCAUCGUAGCCGUCAUACCUUGAUGCAGAGUGAGCUAGGAUUUAAGACGGCGUUGAAUUAUAGGCUGGAUGACGAAUUGGAUGAAGAGGGUAGUAGGAAUACUGAUUGCUGGGUUAUUAAAGGUCAUGUCUUGGUGUCAAAGUCUCCUUCACAUGACCCAGGAGAUAUUAUAGUAUGUGAAGCUAUCGAUGACCCUGGUUUAUAUCAUUUAGUCGACGUGGUUGUGUUCCCAGGUCCAGGUCCUAUAGUUCAUCCCAGACAUCCCGGUAAUGGUGAUCAUAGUUAUUAUCGGAGUAGAGGGACAACGUAUAAUGGUCCACGGGAUAUACCUAAUAUGAUGAGUGGUGGUGAUUUGGAUGGGGACAUGUUUCAAAUAAUCUGGGAACCAAGUAUUGUAAAGCCAGCGGCAAAGAAAUUUUUGGAUUGCCCUGAUGAAUGUCCACAUCCACCUGGUGAUUAUACCAUACCCUUCACAGCAGGUGAACGACCAACGGUUAUAUCGGAGUUAAUAGACGCCAACUCGGAGAUUAAGAAGAUUGAGACCCCACAGGAAUGGUUUGUACACUACCAUCGCUACGACAAUCUAAGUCUACUGAGUGUGCGUUGGCUCUAUAAGAUGUUAGACAGCUCCGUGUAUCGUGGGCUCAAAGGACGACAUCCAGAAUGCCUAGAUCUGGCUGCACGUGCCUCACUCUCAGUUGAUUUUGCGAAACAGGGUACCACGGCCAAAAUGCCAAAGGGGAAGUCCCCAUGUUUGCCAUACUUCUUGGUUUCCGAAAUGUCUGGCAGAGAACGAAGAUUCCAAGAACUUAACUAUGAUUGUAAGGAUAGCAUUCUCGGCAAGAUCUGGGAAACUAUGGAAGACUGUCAAAGACCCUAUGUCUCCGACUCCUGCUGCAUAAUAACCCAUGAAGGCUUCUACCGCGACACAGAGGACGGUAGUCUAGCCAAAAUUCUAGCCUACGCUCACAACGGCUACUAUGGUGGUAUCACUAAUUAUACGAAUUUAUCCACCACUCUGCAUAACACAGUAUCCAUCGAAGACUACGGACCAGAUAACUCUGACCACGCUCCUCUACACUCCUUGCCUGUGUACAUCAGACGUCCUGGACGAGCCGCUGUUUGCUGGAAAAACGUCUCAGAUAUCUGGUGUCUUUGUCGAAUUGACUUUGAAACCAUUUCACCCCACGAUCCCCUAGAUUUUGAGUUGUUCGCGAUCACUACGGAACCGCACUAUCAUGCCAGAAGAAGAGUUACCCUCGUUUCCCAAACAUUAACCCCCCCCUUAGAAGAAAGCACUUCCGACACUCAAACCGAUCUUCGUCCUUGCAUACUUCACAAAUCUUACGGCUCCUUCGCCGUAAUGGGAAUCAAACUGAAAAUGAAGCAAAGGCAUCUCAACUACCUUAUUAAGUCGUUCAGAAUCGUGGUUAAAACCAAGGUGAACGACGCUUCUAGAAUUAUUGGUGUCAGUAAUGAUAUCGACCUUGGUUACGAUGGCGAGAUUCCGAAAUGCUGGGACAGGAGGCCUGCGUAUAAGCAUCUUAGGAAUAUACCUAGGUCUCUUCUCUACGUGCACUACUUAGAGCGAUACGAAAAGACAAAUACAUUCCAGGCGUAA